CAAACUACCGGACGUACGGAGGUGGAUCUCCGGGCAGGAAACCGAGAAGUAGAGAGAGGCUGGCAGGGAUCUGGCAUUUCAAACCACUCGUCAGACGGAUCAUAAUUACGCAGCAAGUGUUUGAACGCACGAGUGAAGCUGCCGUUUUGUUUAGGGGGCUCUCGUCUUGGAGUCUUGCGCGUGAAUUUAGUCCUUUUAAAUCAGGACACAUUGGCUCAAGGGAGUUCAGUGAGAAGUCGGUGUUUCGGGGAGUAAAACGUGUUCAUUGAUUCAUCAGAUUUAUUGUGUGCGCGCACAAAGCCUUGUCUGUUCAUCUGGAGCGCCCGCCCACUGGGCUUUCUGCGGAGCGAUAGCAGGAGACUGAUGAUCGUCUCCGGGAUUCGCCGUGGAGAGAGCUGGAGUCUGCUCGGACUGACGAUCUGCUCUCCCAUCACCAGCGAAGGAAGCGAGGGCUCGUUCCCAGUCUGACCAGCGGGACUUUCGCAUUCAGUGCACGGGGCUGCGUUGAAUCCCAGCAUCUCCGAGUACGCACAGGUUCCUCUUUGACUUUUGCCAUUGUCCCUUUUUUGGACCGAAUCGUCUCCGCAGUCUCGGUGGAUGCGUUAACGCGGAGUGGGUUGGGUCGCCCGGGUGCCUGGCGUACGCACACGUCGUCAGCGGUGAAGAAGCGAGAUAGGUGAGGGUGAGAGAGGCAGAGAGAGAGAGAGGGGGACGCUCCUGCUCCUGGCCAGCUGAGGUUUUUUUUAUUGUCAGCAGGAGGAGGACACGGAGAGGUGAGUCGGACACUCGUUGGCGAACCUGCCGGUGUCUCCGGCUCUGGGGCUCAGGACAGGCUUUCGUUUCGCCCGGGAUUCGCAGACCUUCCUCCUCUUCCUGAUCCAGGGGGACCAGCGGUUACACCACACUGUCAAACCCCGGCCAGACACCGUCCAAAGGGAAUAGCUGCUGGAAGUGAAUCUGCGGGGCAACACCACACAAUGGCAACCGGUGCGCUCGUGCUGCUCGCCUGUGCGCUGCUCGCCGGUGUUGCCGUGGCUCAGAGAGUCGUGACGGUGGAGAGUGGACCGCUGAUACGAACCGAGGGCUCCCACGUGACCAUCUGGUGCAACGUGACGGGCUACAAAGACGGGGUGGAGCAGGACUUUGAGUGGUCCAUGUACCUGGCAGCGGCACAGGACCGGGAGAUCCGCAUCGUGAGCACAGCUCAGCCAAACUAUGCCUACACUGUGUACGCCCAGAGGGUGAACAGCAAAGAGAUCUUUGUGGAGAGGCUGAGCCGCGACUCAGCUGUGCUGCACAUCACCAAAGUGCAGGCCGGGGACCAGGGCCUGUUUGAGUGUUACACACCCAACACAGACGGGAGGUACCUCGGAUCGUACAGUGCACGCACCAACGUCACCGUUAUCGCUGACUCAUUGACAGUGACGGCUCCGGUCCAGACUCUGUCCAAGGUGGAGGGCGACACGCUACAGCUGACCUGCGAGGUGUCCCGGACCACGAUGCAGCACACUCACUUGUCGGUGGGUUGGUACCUGCGGUCUCCGGAGGAAGCCACCGCUCCGCCUCAGGAGCUGGUCACGUUGUCCAGGGACUUUGUUCUCCGCUCUGGUGGACCGUACCGGCAGAGGAUGGCAGCAGGGGACCUCCGACUGGAUAAAACCAGCGCCACGUCCUACAGGCUGACCAUUCACAAGCUGCAGCCCAUGGACCAGGGCCUUCUCUACUGCCAGGCUGCAGAGUGGAUUCAGGAUGCGGACGGGAGCUGGUUCGCCAUGACUCGCAAGCAGAGCGACAAGACACAGCUCCGCAUUCAGCCCACUGAUCGGGACUUCAGCAUCCAGGUGAACACGGAGCGUCGGUCCUUCACGGCCGGUGAGCCGCUGGAGCUCCGCUGCACAAUUGAGGCCCAGAAUGUCCCCGAGCGUUUCUUCUCGGUGUCGUGGGUCUUCAGCAGCUCACCGGUGGCCGUGGUGGGCCCCAGUGCCGUGCCUGUCCUGGGCCCCGAUUACGUCGCCCGUGAGGCCGCCGGACACAUCACCGUGCGCAAGGAGAGCCCCAACGUGCACCUGCUCAAGCUGCAGCACCUGCGGCCCGACGACGCCGGCAAAUACAUCUGCCGCGUGACCGAGCGGGAGAAGACGCCCACGGGAGACUUCAUCGACCGCAGCAAGAGGUCUCGCAACGUCCAGAUCACAGUCCUGCCACUCAAGAGCAACAUCACCAUCGCGCUGUCUCUCAACUCCUCGGAGGUCCUGGAGGGCGACGCCGUCCAGUUAACCUGCUCUGUCCAGUCCACUACAGGCCCUCUGUCCGUCGUCUGGCAUCGGACAGACAAGCAGGGGAACGUGCCGCCCGAGGAGUUGGCCUCUGUGGACCGGGACGGCACCGUGUGGCACAGCCCCGCCUACAGGGAGCGCUCUAGCUAUGGGGAGAUACGUGUGGAGAAGAUGCGAGCAGACACGUUCUUGCUGUCCCUGUACAACGCCCUACCUGGGGAUGAGGGCCAGUACCUCUGUGUUGCCACUGAAUGGUUUCAGACCGGCACCGAACCGGAGCUGACCUGGGAGAAGAUAGGAGAGAAGACCGCCACCAAGACGGUCACCGUUAAGACUGUUGAGUCCUCCUUCAGCGUGUCCGCCUCCUCACGGACACCAUCAGUAACCUUUGGAGACUCCUUUGACCUCCUGUGCCUGGUCAAGCCACGUCACAACCCUCGCGUCCCCACCUCCGUGACCUGGCGCUUCAUGCCUGCUGGCUCGCAGGCCGAAGACGAGGAGCAGGGAGAGUUCAAAGAUCUGGUGACUUUCACCCGCGAGGGCACGCUGCAGUGGGGGGAGCAGCUGCUGGGGCUGGGCACCCGCACUACCGUGGACCGCUCCCACUCCAAUACCAACUUCCGCCUGUCGGUGACCCGCGCAGGGCGGCGCGAGGCGGGCAAGUACCAGUGCAGUGCCAUCCUUUGGAGGAGAAACUACGACAACAGCUGGAGCAGAGUGGCCAACCGCACCUCCAACCUGCUUGGCAUCAGUGUCCUGCAGCCAGAGAGUAAGCUGCGAGUGCAAAAGACCAAUCAGUCUCAGGUGUACCCGGAGGACAGCCGCGUCAGGAUCAAUUGCACCAUCGCCUCCCAGACCAGCCAUGACUCCCAGCAUGCGGUGCUGUGGUACGUGAGGCGCGCGACGGGGUCAGAGGCCGACGAGCUCCUGCUGAGGAUCGAGCGCUCGGGGGCCUUCGAGUACGGCGCCUACGCCGAUGAGGAGAGGCUGCGGCGUCGCGUGCAGGCCGAGAGGCUGUCGCCGCGCUCCUACGUGCUGACGCUGAACCGGGCCGAGAGCAGCGACUCCGGGACGUACUACUGCCUGGUGGAGGAGUGGCUGAGUGACCCGGAUGGAGCCUGGUAUCGACUCUCCCGGGAGGCCUCGGGGCUCACGCAGGUCCUGGUCAGACAGCCAGAAGUUCGACUGCAGGUCGAGGAGCUGGAGUCCAACGUGACAGUGGAAGAGUCCGAUUCAAUCCGACUGGGCUGCAGCAUUCCCUCCCAGUCGUCUCGAGACUCCCGCUUCUCCGUGUCCUGGUACGUGGAGCACUCCCAGGACGUAGACGUGGACGUGGACGAGGACGAGGACGGCCAGCCGGCCGAGGACGAAGGGAAGCGGGAGUGCGUGUUCUCUAUCGGCCAUGAUGCCGUUUUUGGCAACGGAAACUGCAGCCCCCGAGAGGAGGCGGGGCCUACCUCCCGCCUGCAGUUUGAGAGGAUGGCGUCCGACCAGUACAGCCUGACCAUUCAAGGGGCCCGACCGACAGACGCAGGGCGAUACUACUGCCACGUGGAGGAGUGGCUGCUCAACCCCCGCAACGCGUGGUACCGCCUGGCCACCAACAACUCUGGGUUCACUAUUGUUAAUGUGCUGCAACAAGUGUCCACCAUGCAUAUGGUGGUGUGCUCCAACGAGUCCCUCUUCUACUUCGUCUUCUUCUACCCCUUCCCCAUCUUCGGCAUCCUCCUCAUCGCCCUGCUGCUGGUGCGCUACAAGGGCCGCAGCAGCAGCAAGAGCCAGGAGGGCAAAAACGGCGCCCCCCUCCUGUGGAUUAAAGAACCUCACCUGAGUUACUCGCCCACCUGUUUGGACCCACCUGCGCUCAGCCUGCACCCCGGCUCUGUUGACUAAGCGAGGGUCCCCGCCCCCCCCUCCUGUUCCGCUCUCGCUGCGGAUCCAGCCAACACAAUGCCAGGGAGCAGAUGUGGACUCCACUUUCAGAACUUACUGUCGUUCACUGCUGUGUUGAAUUAGUCAGUUGAUCAGUUUUAAGAUUCCUACCCUGAUUGCUGCCUGUUUUAUGUUAACAACCGUGUGUGUGUGUGUUUUUGUGUGUGUGUGUGUGUGUGUGUGUGUAUGGACGAGAAUGCGUGUGCCAUGUUAGCACAAUUAAGUGUGUGAGUGCAAUCUGAAGGAUGAGGGAGAUUCACAGGCCUCUCUCUCUCUCUCUGUUGUUUUGUUUUCUGCGAAACCUAAUCUCAUAGCUGCAUUUUGAGUUUUUUAUUAUUCUGAAUAUGUGUCUGUUUUUCAAGAAGAGAAGAGAACUGUGCACAUGAGAUCACUGGCCAGUCCGGGAAGAAGAUUUAAGAGAGGGAACUCUAUAAUGGACUCUGGCGCUGAGCGGAUGCCAAAAAAAAAAAGGAAAAACAUCUACACACUGAUCCAAGAGCAGCCACAGCCUGGCCCACUAUGUUGGUUGCCAUAGUGAUGCUCUGCGCCCACUGACUUCGUAGCCCAUGACUUGGUUUCCAGCCUGCAUAGAGACAAAGGCAAGGACACACAAGUCUGUGUCCUAAGUGAGGACGUGUGUAUGUGUGUUGGCCCACCUGCCUCCACAAUGAAUUUGCCUUGGCAGACAGAAACAGGCCCUGGUGCGCCACUUAAACACUGCCAGACACUCUGGCCUUAGAGAGAGACUGCUCCGCUCUUCUCCUCCAUCCUCCUCCUCCUCCUCCUCCUCCUCCUCCUCCUCCUCCUCCUCCUCCUCCUCCAUCCUCCUCCUCCUCCUCCUCCUCUCCCGAAAGAGACAGCGAGGGAACGCUGGGGAGGUCAGAAAGGAUGGAGAAUAAAUGAACAGCUCUCUCCUGCUGAGGAUCUAUGUACUUCAACACAUGGGACUUUUUUUUUUGUUCAGUGCCAAGUCCCCCUUAUUUCCAAUUCUGUCCUCUGCAGCCAGUAUUUGAAGUUCUAAAGAAAGGGGAGGAAGCUGAUUGGUUCCGAGGCAGAUCGUGAACAUGACUGCUUACCUCCUGCUGUGGGUUUAUGAGGCCUCGUGGGCAAAAGGGCAGUUUCUACACCCGUGUAAAAUCAGUUGAAUUGUCCUUCUUAAAUUGCACAGUGGGGGUUGAUGUAUGAAAUUGAAUUCUUGCACAUUUCUUUAAGUUGCCCAAUAUGACCACUCUGUUGUCCCGUUUUUAAAAGAUACCAGAAGCUCAGAUAAUGCGUACUAAGUUAAACAACCCUGACGACCCACCCAUCAGAUGACUAAUGUGUGGAUGUGUAGUCAAACACUCUGAAAUGUAUUCUGCACAUUAUAAGCGAACCUAGAUUUGUGUUUAUUUUAAAGAUUUUUUCUAUUUAUUGUUUUAUACUACUUUGCAUAGCUUUGUAAGAUUUUUCUUUUUGUUUUUUUUUGUGUGCUUUGAAAUUCUCUAAAACCUGUGCUGCUUGCGUUGCCAGGCAACUGCACCAAAGCAGAUUAUGUCAAUAGCCUGUGUGUCGGCGACGUGGUAGAUGUAGAAAUGCUAGAUUCGUCCGGCGCAUUGCAGUCGGUAGCAUUUCACUCCAGAUCGUCAAGUUUGGUCGGUGUCACAACACUGUAUAUCUAUAUCUAUAAUGGAAUUUACUGUGGCUUCUACAUGUACAGUAGUCCAACAGACAAGUAACUGAAGACUGAUCCACUUAAUGCUUCUCCGCUCGCGUUGCGUUCAUCUAGUGAAAUGUGAUGUAACACCUUGGUAGGAUGUUUGAUCAAAGCCGACAAUGAACUGCUGCGACAUCGUCUUCUUCUUCUUCUUGUGGAUUCUCGCUGAGGGUGUAUCUCUUCGGUUCCCCCCCCUGACAAAAAGGCAGAAGGGUUGCAAAUCGCUUUUUUCCGCUCGAACUUGACAGCCGGGAGACUCGAGGAAUCCUCCUGGCCCACCCGGGCCCCGAACCCUCUCACUGCCAGAGACUGGACCUGAAAAUGAAAAACUCUCGAAAAAACUUGACAUCGUUGUCUCAAGUGUGUCGACAUGUAUAUUGCAUGAGUAUUGCGGGAGGAAUUUUGAUGUUUUGUAAACUUUGAACUCUUUGAGCAUUGUGUUUGUGUGACAGAGCAGUGCCCAAAUCCCCCCCCCCCCUCCCUCCCUCCUUGACCCCGACUUCCUGAGCCAACACAAAGCCCAGCCCUCUCAUCAUUAUAUCAUUAUUUACUAUAUUCGACUGCCAACGAUGCCCCUCCACCAUGUAAAGUUCUCUAUCUGGAGAUUGUGUUUGAUCUCACUGCUCAUAUUUUUUCUUUUAAUCGCUUUGCUUUUAUGCAGAACUCCAUUAAACAGAUUUAUGUCAUUAAUAAUCCCCCCCCCAAAAAAGUAGCCGAUACUGACACAAGCUCACGAAUACUAAGAUAUCAACUUGCUUUGCUGUUUUUUUCUUGUAAGCAUUUCAAGUCCACACCGAGCCGCCGCUGAGUGGUGAAGAGCUGGUGCUGUAGAGCCAGGGGAGUCAGACGUGGCGUGUUUGUGCAGCUGCAACUCAAUUUGAUUAAUGUCAGAGAAAAAGAACCGUCACCGCCUGUCCUCUCAUUGCUAAACACGUGUUUUCAGUUUUUCGUUCUCGUGAACGGGACAUUAGCCACGAAUUAUUAAGCCAAGAAUUUGGCCAGGUCGGUUUUAGGGUCAGGACAAAAUCCACCUACAAAGGAAUAAAUAGAUGAGUAGUCCACAACGAACAUGCAGUUGAUGAGGUGACACUUCAUCUAUGAAAGUCAAAGGAAAGAAAGAAAAGGACAGGUGAUGCAAAAGAACACGGUCCGCUGUACAGCGUAUCGAGGGUGUGUGCUAUUUCAAACGCACAACGGCAGAAAUCUGGACAAUGACGUGUUCAUGCAUGAGAAAGUUACAUCUGUAAAUAUUCAAGUUGGUUUUCUGCAUCACGUGAUCUAAUCAUCUAAAUCACGUGAUGCCUGAUUUUCUGUUUGUGUGUAUAUACUGCAAAUGUCACCUUGUCAAAUCACAAUAUUCAGAGUGUGAAUGGUACAGCCUCCUGUUGCUGUUUGAUGCAAUGCUACUACAAGUCAGAAGUAUAUAUAUGUAUAUGUUUAUGCAUAUGUGUAUAUAUAAUAAAUGCAGGAAAGUCAUUCUGUGCAUUCCCAGGCAUCACCAGGAAGAAUUGAUGCACCUUUGAUGUAAUGGUUGCAUAUCUGAUUGACUUGCAUCAAAUGAAGCUGGUUUUAGUUUUUUAUAAGCAAAUCAGGAGCUGGUUUGCUGGAUUGUUUCUUUUUUAUAAAUAUGGAACAAUCCUGGAGGUAGAGUCACUGUAUAAAUCACAUUAAUCCCAGACGGAAUUCAUUUUAAAUUCAAUUCAUUUCAUCUCUGUAGACCUGAGCCAGGAAGUAUAGGGCACGGUGUUGUUGUCACAGCGCUGCCGCCAUCGCCAGAGCUGCACACGAGCUCUGAAUAGUGUAUUUUUGGUUGUUAUAAUAAUGAUAAUAAUAAUAUUAAUAAAAGCAUCCAUUGCUGCCCCCCCCCAGAUUCCUCCCGACAUUCUGACAGAGUUGUAGCUGCAUUUCGAGGGCUGCAUGUUUCGGCUGUGUGCUGGCUCCCAGAUUUAGGUGUAAAAUAGUUUGUGGUGAUGUUUUCAGUUCAGCCAGUGAUGCUUUAUUUUCAGUGAUGUAUUUUUAUAUGACCAUGGUUUGUUUAUUUUCCUUUUUUUCUUAAUAGUUGCCAUCGUGAACAUUAAAAAGGCACUUUGCUAUUGUCAGUUUAUUGCAAUAAAAUACAUUCGGUGCA